AUGCGCCACCUCGUCUCCAUCAAAGAUCUAUCAAACGAGGAGUUUUCUGUACUGGUUGACAGAGCAGAACACUACAAAAAGGUUGUUAAAGCUGGAAAUUUGACUGAGAACCAAAAAAACCAUGUAAAAUUGAUUGGCAAGACUGUUGCAUUGGUGUUCUCUAAAAGAUCCACCAGAACAAGAAUCUCAACUGAAGGUGCUGCUGCAUUCUUCGGGGCCCAGCCCAUGUUUCUUGGUAAAGAUGACAUCCAGCUGGGUGUCAACGAGAGCUUUCACGAUACCACCAAAGUCAUAUCGUCCAUGGUGUCAUGCAUAUUCGCGCGUGUUAACAAACAUUCUGAAAUUCAACAGCUGGUAGAGCACUCGCAGGUUCCCAUUAUUAACUCGCUUUGCGACAAGUUUCACCCUCUGCAGGCAGUAUGUGACGUUCUAACCAUCAAGGAGCAUCUUGACUACACCAAGAACAAACUGAAGAUUGCCUGGAUCGGUGAUGCCAACAACGUUAUCAACGACAUGGCCAUAGCAUGUCUAAAGAUGGGUAUGGACGUUGCCAUUUCCACGCCGCCCGGCAUUGAAAUGGACCCUGAGAUCAUAAAUGCUGGCCUAGAAAUUUCCAAAGGUAAUGGUACGAAACUCGAAUGCACACACAACUCUAAAGAGGCUGCCACGAACGCAGACGUUCUGGUUACCGACACUUUCAUAUCAAUGGGUGAAGAAUUCGCAAAGGUGGCCAAACUAAAACAGUUCAGAGGUUUCCAAGUUAACUCAGAGCUAUCUUCCCUUGCGAAGCCCAAUUAUAAAUUCAUGCACUGCCUCCCAAGACACCAUGAAGAAGUUACGGACGAUAUCUUUUAUGGCGAUCACUCUAUCGUGUUCGAGGAAGCAGAAAAUAGACUGUAUGCUGCCAUGGCGGUGAUGGACGUCUUCGUAAUCAAUAAGGGCGAUUUUAGCGCUGGACCUGAUUCAGUUCUGAAUUGA